AUGGCAUUCUCCUCCACAUACCCAGCAUGCAGAAUGCAAACCCCUUCCUCUGCGCCUCAACCCAAAUCCCAUCUAACUUCGCUAUUCAUGGUACGGUCUGCACUGUCGACCAGAGCCUCUUCCAUUUCUUGCAUUCUUACAGACAAACAGCAACAAAAGGGAGAUGAGAAGAGGACUGUUAAUGGUCACGGUUGGGACAUUCUUCAAAGACCCGACUCUUUUGGUCGGUUUGGGAAGUUCGGAGGGAAGUAUGUGCCAGAAACUGUGAUGUUUGCGCUUGCUGAGCUUGAGUUGGCCUUCAGUGCGCUUUCGUCUGACCUUGAUUUUCAGAGAGAAUUAGAUAGCAUAUUGAAAGAUUAUGUUGGUCGAGAGAGUCCUCUUUACUUCGCAGAACGACUAAGUGAGCACUACAAACGUCCGAACAGGGAAGGACCACUCAUCUACCUCAAGAGGGAGGAUCCAAAUCAUACAGGGGCACACAAGAUUAAUAAUGCUGUAGCACAAGCUCUGCUCGCUAAACGAUUGGGGAAAGAACGGAUCAUAGCUGAAACAGGGGCUGGUCAGCAUGGUCUUGCCACUGCCACUGUAUGCGCGCGGUUUGGCUUGCAAUGUGUUAUCUACAUGGGUGCUCAAGAUAUCCAAAGGCAAUCACUCAAUGUCUUAAAAACGAAACUUCUUGGUGCAGAGGUAAGAGCAGUUAAUUCCGGGACAGCCACAUUGAAGGAUGCUACAUCAGAAGCCAUAAGGGACUGGGUGACUAAUGUGGAAACAACCUAUUACAUAAUGGGAUCUGUGGGAGGGCCCCAUCCCUGUCCAAUGAUGGUACGCGAGUUUCACUCUGUAAUUGGUAAAGAAACAAGGAGACAGGCCUAUGAGAAAUGGGGUGGAAAGCCAGAUGUGCUAGUUGCCUGCGUUGGUGGUGGUUCCAAUGCCAUGGGACUCUUUCACGAAUUCGUUAAAGAUGAAGAUGUAAGGCUGAUUGGCGUGGAGGCUGCAGGAUUCGGCCUAGACAGCGGAAAGCAUUCUGAUAGCUUAGCAAAAGGAGAGAUCGGUGUGGUUCAUGGAACAAUGAGCUAUCUAUUACAUGUUCAAUGUUGUUUACACAUUAUUUUUUGUCGAAUUUCAUCUAGCUUUACACGCGUCAGUAAAAACUGUUACACCCACGCACGAUCAGUUAACUUUUUUGAUAAAUUCCAAACAGAAAUUUAAAGCUCAUCAUAUACU